GGAAACCGAAGAGAAAUUCACCGCAGGGAGAGUCAAACCCUAACACAAUAUAUAGAGCUGAUAAGGAAGCACACAAAACCCUACUCUCUGUCUCUCUCUCUACAUCUCGCACAUUACGAACAGUGGAAUUAUCAUACAACAAGAGAGACAAUAAGGCUGGUAAAUUGAUGGCAUCAAAACUGCUUCAAUUUCAAUCAAAGGCUUGUCAGGCCUCGAAGUAUGUGGCCAAAACCGGGUCUACCUACUACAAGCAGCUAUUGGAGCAGAACAAGCAAUACAUCCAGGAGCCUCCUACUGUAGAGAAAUGCCAGCUUCUGUCAAAUCAACUGUUUUACACUCGUCUUGCCAGUCUUCCUGGUCGUUAUGAAGCAUUUUGGAAGGAACUUGGUCAUGUGAAGCAGCAGGUCAAGAACUGGCAUGAGCUGAAAACUGAGGAUGUCCGAACUGGUGCUCUUUUUGGGCUGGAGUGUUUUGCCUGGUUUUGUGCCGGUGAGAUUGUAGGACGAGGAUUUACAUUCACUGGUUACUAUGUCUAAGGAUGGUGUUGAAAUCUGCCUUAAGUUUGUCAACAUGGGUUGUCUCUCUUUUCUCCCAACUCUUUAGUCAAUUGACCACAUGAUACACAACCUUGUUUUUAUAUAUUGACAGUUUUUCGUGAGAAGAGAGUUUAUUUGGAUUAAUAAUCUCCCAAUCCCCCGACAUUUUUGUAAGCUUGGUAUUGAGAUAUAUCAGACGUUAGCCUUGCUAUCCUGAGCAUUGAAUGGAAAGGUUGUCCAUAAAAAUUUACAGCUUUGAUUA